UGCGCAGAAACUAGGUAUCAGAGUCAAGCAAAUAAUUGAAUAAAAUGCUUGAAUAUGAAGCAUAUACCACAUAUUUGGGUUAAUAUAAAGUUGACAUGCGUUGAUGAAUGAGUUCACAAUAACCACAGUAAUGGCCUCUAAGACUAAGAGAAACAUCCUUCUGCUUCUCUUUAUUUGUUUUUUGUUCAGUUUUUCUGCUAAAGCAAUUGCAGCGAGAAACCUUGCUGCUAAUUAUGCAGGUAUAGAUGAUGAAAGGGGUGUGAUUAGGAGAGGUCUUGGGAGUGCUCCAUGUAAGAGGGGAAGAGAAACUUCUGAAGUGGUUGGAGGUGAAAGGAGACAAGGAUACGAUGUUCCACGUUGCCACAAUUAUCUGUGAUUUAUUUGCGGGGGUUGUUCUUUGUGUUGCAAAUAAAAACAGACACAUCACACGUAACUGUGAUUUCUGCUACAUGGUUUAGUUUGUGGUUACUCCUAUAUUUUUUACCUUUUCGUAAGUAUGUGGUCACAUUGGUGGAAUGGUUUAAAACUAAGUUGCAAUGUGAACAAUGGUUAAAGUUUUAUCAGUGAAUGUAUUUAUUUGGUACUUUUGGAAUUUGGUAAUUUUAUUUACUUUUCUGGUGGAGAGUGCAUAUAUGUCACUCUUGCUGAAGUCAAUGCAAUCUCCUAUGAUACCGUAA